AUGCGCAUCGGCCACAAUCGUGUAAUCUGCGCCUACGUUUACUAUGGAACACUUGUAAAUUUUGUACCAGUUUUCUUAUAGUCCAGCGUUACGAUGCACCCAUAGUAAAAUUUAGUGGAAAUUUUUCACCGUGUAUAGGCAACCAUAUGGAAAUCGAUCUGAAAACGCCAUAUGGGAAUAUGAGCUCACAUCCCACGUGAACUUUUUUUUUAUAAAAAACUGUUUAAAUAAAAUUGCGUAUUUUUAGAAUAAUUGCUUCGCAGAUGUGAAUAUACGUCAAGUAAAAAACGAGUUUCACAAUUCGAUGACUCGGAGUGAUAUAUAAACCGCGGAACCGGCAGUCAAAAUUACAUUAUUUGAGAAUAUCUGAAAAAUAUAAAAAACUAAAAUGUUGAGUGUCACAGUUUUUUUUGGGUUAAUCGCUGGUUCUUUUGCUUUGAAUUAUAUCCAAGGUAGUUGCCCAAAUAUAACUCCUAAGGGUCCGGUAGAUCUCAAUGAGAUCGCUGGAGACUGGUGGUCACUUCUACGAGAUGACCAAAGUUGGGAUCUUGAUGCAACUUGUAUAUUGGACCAUUUCGAACCACCCAUAAACGGCGUGAUCAGAGCUGUUGCCAGUAGUAUUUCGAUAUCGACCAACGUACUUUCAGUGAUUGAAUCCAACAUAACUUUGAGUGCCGACAAAAUAUUACAUUUCAGUCACCAUCUACCAGCUUGGGGCGACUCCGACCAAGACCAGAUUGUUCUUGAUUCAGUUCCUGAUACUUAUGCUAUAGUUUACAGCUGUAAAAAUUAUCGAACCACCUAUGUUGAGAGAUUCUGGGUCUUCGGAAGAUGUCCAGAACAAUACGGGUAUUUUACCAACCAGGGCUAUUUGAGACAAGUAUUAGACAGUUAUGGGCUCAGAUAUCCAAGAUGGGUUAAAAUUAAUAACCAAAACUGUAAUUAAUUUUUUUUAAUUACUGUAUUUUGUUGAAU